AUUGUUAUUGUUUUUAUCAGUCAUCGGCCCCCUUUCCUUUAUCAAUUCAUUUCGGUGUGCCUCUUGAAAUUCAUUAUUAUUCGUCGUGAAUUCAUACACGUGCAUUCAAUUUUGUGCUUUCUAUUUUUCUUGUUUGAGUUCUAGAUGCGUUUCUUGUAAUGCACUUCUGAGGUUUUCUCUUAUCAUGAACUUUUCUUGUCGAUUCAUCCUUGCGAAUGAUUCAGGAACUUUCUGUACUUAAUUUACAUUAUAAUUAAGGUGUUAACUGUGUAACUAUUUUACGUAAUUAUUUUCGAUUAUGAAGCUGCCUCUAAAGUACCAAUGUCUCAUUGUUGCAAUCAUUCUAAGUCUGACCUCGCUCUCUCAUGAAAUCAAUGAACUCACCAAUGAUGUCCGAACCAACGGAGAGGACUUUUUCUUCGAUUUGAAAGGAAGUGAACCGAAUGAACUCUAUGAGAUUCAAACCAUUCUUGCCCCUUUCAAAAAUUACACAAUCCAAGUCAUCAACAUUCCCGCCAACUUCGGGUUUGUGAUUAGCCAAGUUCAUGCCCAUAUUCAUGAAGUCACAUUAGCUUUCACCUCAAGUGUUGAUCGAGAAAAUUACAGCGUUAAAGGAACCAAUGUUGGCCUUGCCGAAUCUAAUUCAGGGAAACUUGGAUCAGCAACUUUCGAGCUUUCCAACCCCAAUCCGAUGAAGGUGGCUGCCAUGCUCAACGUAAUUGGAUAUUCCAAGACCACUCCAGUGCCUGGCGGGUGCAACAUGGUGUUCAACGUGGAGGUGGCUCCUUACCUGCAACUGAACUACACGGACUCGAUGAUCGAAGUGGCGAGUCAGCCGGCCAUGUCGAGCAUCAAGAGCAACGACUGCAACCGCAACUCCCUCGUCUACGAGAUCUACCACCUCUACCAACCCGAGCGGGACUUCACCGCCGCUUCCUACUUCGCCUUCUUGAAAACUAUGAUGACGGUGGACAGCAUUCGAGCCAAUGGUCGCAGGGUUUUACCGCCGCUGAUCGGGACCAACCAGAAGAAGCGGUACAGCGCGUAUCCGGGAACUGGCUCCGUUUACGCCGUCAUCGUGUCCGAGACGCAAAUGGGCGUCACGAAAUCGGCCGCCUACGUGCCCACCCACACCUACGCCUGCAGCACGAUCCGUACGAGUGGCUCCUGUAACGUCCUCAACACUACUUUGACCAAGACAGUGGCUGCAACAAUCUUCUGCAUAGGACUGCUCCUUUGCCUGCAUGGUCAUGUGGCGCCCAACUUGGAAAUGUACCUUAUCUCUUCCCUGCUCUUUGGCGUUCUCUCUGCGUACCGUUCUCAUGACGCAGUUAGUGUGGUGAAGCCUCUAGCAAGUGGACUUGGAUUGGGGCUGAUCUGGCUUUUAAUUUGGUCUUGUUGCUGUUCGUCCUAUAUUUCACGGUUCUCAACGUAUGUUGCCGGUGGUGGCGUCCUCACUUCCGUUGUCUUCUUUGCUGGACUCGCUGACGUUCAACCGUUGGAAAAUGACACCAAUUUCUGGCUACUGUUCUGGAGUCUGACUUUGUUGAUUAUUGUGAUCUUCCACUCCGGACACCACAAGGCUUGCAUCCUAGGUUGCAGCAUUGUCGGAGCGUACAUGACCAUCAUCCCGAUUGACCAUUACAUCGGAUCCAACCUCAAGUAUGCCUUCAUCAACAUUAUCCGGCGCGCGACUGUGGAGAAUUUCGACACGGCCACCAUCGACCCUCCCUAUCAGUUCAGAGAUAUGGUAAUGACGGCGCUGUUCUUACUGCUGGUGAUGAUCGGUUACAACUACCAAUACUUCAAGUUGAAGAAGCGGCCCGAGUACAGACAGAUGUUCCCUCACGUCUUCCACGGCUACGACUACUUCGAGCAGCCGUACAACGAGCACAUGCCGGUACUCCCAUCCGCGGAUGAUCCUCCUAUCACACCGGGUCAGUACCCGUGGUGGUUCGACGCCACCACCCCUGGCAGUGACUCCGUCUUCACGUCCCCCCACACGCCGCACCAUCAGGGUCAGGCCCCCGCCCCCCAGCGCCACAACCUCGGAGCCCAGCUUCUACACCCAGAACCCUCAGCAACGCUCAGAUUCAUCCCUGCAACAAUUCGCGGCAACCCCCUCUUACGCCAGCAACCGGUUCCAAGACAACCAAUCGACCAGGAAACCAUGCAGAACGGAACAGAACCAACAACACCAAACGCCCACCAUGUUGCACCGGGUGUUUCCCACCACGGACCUCGCGCUCUGGUUCAUGAGCCACCCUUAAGUCAACCAGGAGGUCAUGUCGGAGGUCACCCAAGUCAACCUCAAGGUCAUGACCAGGUCACGUAUCCUCGCCUGCCCAUCGACGACGAGGCUCCACCACCCUCUUAUGAAAGCAUACAGAAAGAAUGAACAGCCUCCUAUAGUACCGUCUGAUCGUCGCUUCGCAAGGUGGUUUGUGUUACCUUAAGACGUGACAGCAUUGCCUGUGGUUCCUUGAUUAAGUUUGUACACUG